GAGAAGCCGCAGCUGUACAAACGCGAAGUCAUCUAUUAUUAUUAUUGUUGUUGUUGUUGUUGCUGCUGCUGCUGCUGCUUCUGUUGUUUUUGGUUCGAUAUUCGCGCCAAGGUUUAAGCAAACGUAGCGACGUAAUGACGUAAACAGCGACGUAAUGACGUGCACCGUAAGCUAUGAAAAAGCAAACUGGUUCUCAGCUGGCUCACAAGUUGAACGAGUUGUGAACCAGCCCUGGAACUGAUUUGGUGAGAGACAGGAAGAUGGCGGUCCAUUCUGGUGCUGAUACAAGAGUCCUUAUUAUUGGAGCCGGGAUUUCAGGAAUCGGUGCUGCACAGAAGUUACUCAGACAGGGCUUCCGGAACGUCCGCAUUAUUGAAGCAACGUCAAGAAGUGGAGGAAGAGUUAAAACUGGCAGACUGGGUGGUAAAAUUCUAGAAAUUGGUGCCAACUGGAUCCAUGGUCCCUCACAAGAGAACCCAGUGUUUCGCUUGGCCACCCAGUACCAGUUACUUGAUGAUGAGAGCCUGUCUGAGGAGAAUCAGUCUAUAGAAGUUGAUAGUUUACCACUUUUGUUUUCUACCUGGCUUACCAGCUCUGGCAAGAAGCUUGAGGCUGAAGAGUCGGCUCCUGCACUGGAGGUCUUCUUGAUGUUACUUAAAAAGUGCCAGGAGUUCUACAACAAUAACAGAGCACCCAUAUCUAGUGUGGGGGAGUUUCUUAAAACAGAGGUUCUCCGGAUCAGCAAAGAAGAAUGGAAAGAUGAUGAGCCAAGAAAGCUCCGACAGGCUCAGUUCAGCACACUGAUGAAGCUUGAGUGUGGUGUGAAUGGGACAUCCACGAUGGAUGAUGUGGACCUUAGAAGCUUUGGCAUGUAUAAGUGCCUACCAGGGCUGGACUGCACUUUCCCAGGAGGAUAUGAUGGCUUAAUUACACACAUGAUGACUGAACUGCCCAAGGACAUUGUCUUAUUUAAUAAACAAGUUAAGUGUAUUCACUGGAAUAACGACCGCAGCCGGUCGAGCGCAAAAGAAGGAACAUGUCCUGUUACAGUUGAAUGCGUGAACGGAGAGACUUUUGAAGCAGAUCACGUCAUUGUUACCAUCCCACUGGGUUAUAUGAAGAAGCACCACAACACUCUUCUGAAUCCUCCUUUCCCACAACACAAGUUGCACUCCAUCCAGAGACUGGGUUUUGGGACCAAUAAUAAACUAUUCCUAGAAUUCGAGCAGCCCUUCUGGGAUAAAGAUUGUGAGGUUAUUUUCCUUCUAUGGGAGGACGAGUAUGACCUUCAGAAUCCGGUUUCUGAUAUGAAGACUGACUGGAUCAGGAAGUUGUCUUGCUUCACUGUACUGAAACCCACAGAGAGAUAUGGCCAUGUUCUUUGUGGUUGGAUUGCUGGGCAUGAGUCUGAGUAUAUGGAAACUCUGCCUGAAGAGGACGUGCUGCGCACGGUGACUCAGGUCCUUCACAAAUUUACAGGAAAUCCAACAAUGGCACCAAAGCUGCUUACACGGUCCCAGUGGUUCCAUGAUCCCUACACUUGCGGAUCGUACUCUUACGUGGCAAAAGGUUGCUCAGGUCAAGAUAUCGAUAACCUCGCUGAGCCUCUUCCACUGACAGGCUCAAAAGCUGAGCCCUUACAGGUGCUGUUUGCUGGAGAGGCCACUCACAAAUCUUUCUUUAGCACUGUCCAUGGAGCUUUGCUUGCUGGCUGGAGAGAAGCAGACCGUCUCGUAUCGCACUACAGUCUGUCACAAAGGAAGUUCAAGGCAAAUCUGUAAAGGGUGAACUCUACUUGUUUAAGAUGCAAAUUAUACUGAUAGGAUUAAUAUCCCUUUUUUUUUUUUUUUACAUUUUCAAUUUCAUUAUUUUGUAACACAACUGACUAUUUGAAAUAUCAAGAUUACAGCUCUAACCCUCAAAGCUCAUGUGUUGUAUUCAGCCAGAAGUGUUUUGCCCCCCCCAAUAAAAAAAAAAAGAGGGGGCUUUAUCCUACUUUUUUUUUUUAACAAUUUCUUACUCUAUAGACUCGUGCAAACAUAAUAAUUGUAUAGUUUGAUAGCAAUUAUGAGUAUCUUUCCUUAGUUUUAGAUAAUCUAAAACUACUGCAGAUUGAUUAGUUAUGUCUAAUAAUAUUUGAUUGUAGUACUAUAGUAAUGAUGUAAAGUGAAGGCGCUGGUUCACUGCUGUUCACCAGGCAGAACCCAGAACCCGCCUUGAAUGAUUCUUGCAUGUCCCAGGUGUAUUAGCUUUUGAAUGCAGUUCAAAUGUAGUUGGAAUACAGUAGGAAUACCUAGAAUGCAGUAAGAAUAUUAAGAAUGCACUUUGAAUGCUGUACGAGUGUGGUUCAAAUGCUGCCUGAAUACCACCCGAAGUCUGGUCUGAAGGUGCCUCGAAUGCUGUACGAAUUCACCUCAAAUGCAGUCAGAACGCUCCCGAGAUAGCUGCCGAAUAUGUUUCGAACGUCUAAGAAUUCAAAGAGAAUGCAGCUCGAAUACUUAGAAUGUAGUUUGAAUAUCCCGGAAUAUUUUCAUUCCAACGGCAUUCCAGCUCAUUCGAGGCACAUUUUGGGACAUUCUGGCAGGAUUUGAAGUGGCUUGCCAUUUCGAUUUUUCCUUCGAACUCGAUCAAUGUUUCAAAUGCGGAAAUCAUCAGGAUAGAGCAGUUCUCUGAUGCACAUCUCCUGUGUUUGUGUGGGCACGAAGCCAGGCAGGGUUGAACAGUUUGCCAUCUGUUCUUGUGUGGAGGAACACGCCCUUGUUGAGCCCUUCGUUCAUAGUAUCCAGCACAGCUGUGAGGUAGAGGGGGGGAAAAAAAAAAAAAGAGUUGGAGCCAGUAUACACCCUUGUUUCACGCCAUGGUUAACCAUAAAGGCAUCACUGGGUUCACCGCCGACUGAGACUUGUGCCUUCAUUCCAUAAUGGAGCUGCUUGAUGAUGUUGACAAGCUUGUCAGGGCAUCCAUAGGUUUCGAGGACCUUCCAGAGGGUUGUGCGGUCGACAGUGUCAAAUGCCUUUGUGAAGUCAACAAAGACCACAUACAAGGGCUGGUGCUGCUCUGCUGCCUUCUCUUGGAGCUGCCGUAGAGUGAAGAUCAUGUCAGCAGUGGAUCGGCCAGCCCGGAAUCCACACUGGCAUUUAGGGAGAACUUCUUCCGAAAUGAUUUUCAGUCUGUUUAAGACCAUCUUAGCAAGGACUUUGCCAGCUAUGGCCAGGAGUGAUAUUCCCCAAUGGUUUCCGCACUCUGCACGGUUGCCCUUUCUCUUGUAGAUGGUGACUAUUAGAGCAUCUCGAAAGUCUUGGGGCACAGUACCAGAGAGUAGAUGUCUGUUGAACAGGUCUAGUAGAGCUUCACAAAGCCUUUCACCACCAUUUUUCAGGAUAUCUGAGGAAAUACCAUCCAGACCAGGUGCUUUGCCACUAGCCAUUGUCUUCAGAGCUUUCUUGAGUUCCUCCAUACUGAUUUCCCUACACAGCUCAUUCCUUGUGGGCUUCCUCUCCAGCUGCUGACAUGCAUCUGGGUGUGCAGAUCCUUCUUGGUUUAGCAGGCUGUUGAAGUGCUCCUUCCAUCUGGCCUUGAUGUCUUGAAGGUUUGUGAGCAGCUUACUACCAUUUGCUGACUUCACUGGGGUGACAGCGUUGCUCUUGGGUCCAUAGAUGGCUUUCAACCUGGCAAACAGUCCACAAUAAUCAUGGCUGUCAGCCAUAUGCUGCAAUUCCUCUGCUUUCCUCUGCCACCAGUCAUUCUUAAGAGCUCUCACUUCCCUCUGCACCCUGGCCUUGAUUUCAGCAAGUGCACUCUUGCUCCUCUCAGAGUUCUCCUGUCGAUGCUGAAGAUGCUUGCUCCUCUUCUCUUCUAGGAGCCUCUCAAUUUCAUUUCCAUGCUCCCGGAACCAAUCAGGAGUCUUUCUGUGGGGAUGGCCUAGAGUUUCCUUGCUUGCAGAGUACACCGCUUCCUUCAGGGCUUUCUAAUGCUGCUCUACCUCUUCCUCUCCAGCCAGCUGAACACUCUCCAAUGCAGCAUCUAUCGUUCUCGACAGUGCUCGGUGUCUGCCAGCUUGCUAAUGUUCAGUUUCUUAGGCUUGGCACUUGCAGGAGUUUUUCUGCGAGGCAGAGUGAUCUUCAUUCUGAGUCGACACCUCACAAGGUAGUGAUCAGUAGAACACACUGGUCCACGCAUUGCUUUUGUGCAUAGUACAUCUGCCAAGUCUGACUUCCUCGUGAUGGCAUAGUCGAGCAAGUGGUAGUGAUCGGAGCGUGGGUGCUUCCAGGUGAAGUAGUUCUUGUCAGGCUGGUAGAAAAAUGUGUUGGUAAUGCUGAGCUCUUGUUGUGCACAGAAGUUCAGCAGGAGCUCCCCAUUGGAGUUCUUUUUCUUCUUGCCAAACUUGCCAAUGAUGUCCGUGUAAGUUUCCCAGUCCGUCCCGACUUGAGCGUUGAAAUUGCCUAGUAUUAGGAGCUUGUCUUCUCUGGGGACCUUGAGCACUACGUGAGUGAGUUCUUGGUAAAAGGUCUCCUUCUCCUCAUCAGUGUAAGUCAUCGUGGGGGCAUACACAUUCACCAGAGUCAAGUAUUGCCCUUUCUCAAUAGGCACUCUCAUGGACAUGAGCCUGGGUGAGAUCGCUGUGGGAAGUGAUGUCAGCUUCUUGGCAAUUGUGUUGUGAACCGCAAAGGCAACUCCAGCUUCUCUAGGCCCUGCAGUCUUGCCAACCCAGAAGAAGGUGUAGUCCUCUUCUUGGAGUGGAUCAUGUGCCUCAAGACAUGUUUCCUGGAGAGCGGCAGUCUCAAUGCCAAACAGCUGCAGUUCCCUUGCAAUCAACGCAGUCCUUUGUUCCGGUCGGUUGUCUCCAUCUAGCAUAGUGCGCACAUUCCAUGUCACAAGUUAUCUUCAUCUUAGUUUCUACCGCUUCAAGUGAAGUCCCGCUGACCGCGGUUAGCCAGCCAGGUGUGAUCUGAGCACACUUUCUUUACCCUGCCUUUUCUAGGGGCUUCCCUUUCCAGGGCAGGCAGUGCUAUCCUUAAAGAGGGCUGCCUGGACACUCGCAUUGCUGCCUCAACAAGCUGGUGUUCAGGGGUCAGCUUAGAGUUGCGACCAUCAAAUGUGAGCCGCCUGUGUGCAGAGCUCCUGCUAGCAGCUCCCAGCUACUUAAGCCUGCUGCCGUCGCAUUCACUCCAUUGCCAUAGGGCUUCCUCCCGCCUCAAAACAAGACGCCUUGCACAGUUCCAAAGCCAGUUGGUGUUGUGCCUCCACCAGACUGCCUCUCUGGUCCUCAACGCUAGGUACAAUGUGGUACACGAGUGCAACGUACAUUGUUGACGCAGAGGUCGCCCCGCAGUAGCAGCUUAAUUGCUAGUUGAUGCUAUCCGUUGGCCUCGAAAGAGUGGUUCAGGAAGCAUGAAUCAUUUUCACAUAUGAAUUGGCCACCACAGGGUCUUUGGGAUGUGCUGGAAAGGACUUGAGUGGUUUGACUCUCCUGUCAUCAAGACAAGAUCUCUGUAUGUGUGGAUGUAUGUAUAAAUAAUAUGGUGGUGUAGUAGUUAGCAGUGUCGCCUCACAGAAAGAAGGUUCUGGGUUCGAGUCCAGCGGCCGACCUUUCUGUGUGGAGUUUGCAUGUUCUCCCUGUGUCUGCGUGGGUUUCCUCCGGGUGCUCCGGUUUCCCCCACAAUUCAAAGACAUGCAGGUUAGGCUAA